AUGGCCGAGGAAGAGUUUGCGUCUGGCGGCGAACACCCCAUCCCCGAGUCGCUAGUUUCGCCUCCGAAUCCACCAUCUCCAGCGAGCAAAGCGGGAAUGAAUCGCCUCCUGCUGAAGCCCGAAUGCAAAACAGCUCUCUCAGACUUUAUUCGCAUAUUCUCCUUUUCGACAUGGCUCGACAGGGUACUUGUCAGCGCAGCUGUUGCGACCUCUAUAGGCGCUGGCAUUACUAUGCCCCUCAUGAACAUGAUUUUUGGCAGAAUGGUGGGAUCCUUCACGGGAUACUACGGUGCCGAUGCUUCAACAACAUAUGAGCUCUUCAAAAACGCCAUAAGUAGCUGCGCUUGGAGCUUGACCUUGGUCACGAGCAGUGGUCUUGUGUUGAUCAUAGUGGUCUAUGCUGCAACUACCCCUUUUCUCGUCAAGCACAUGAAUGGCGUACAAUAUGCUGAUCUCCAGGCAUCUAUAGUUGCAAACGAGGUAUUCAGCUCCAUAAGAAUGAUUGCAGCCUGUGGUGCACAGGAGAAGAUGGCUAAAAGGUAUGUCAAAUGGGUGGACGAUUCUCGUCAUCGGGGGUUGAAAAUGUCUCCCACGCGCUGCAGCAAGCGCCAGUUUUCGAUAUACGCAACUUUCGCCCUUUCAAUCUGGUACUCGAUUAGAAUGUACUACGAGCUUCGCUUUAACAGCGCAGAGACCUUGGUUGUGUGCGUAACUACGAUACUCCCCGCCAUGUUCACUGCCAAAUACCGGACAAAUCGACUGAUUGGUCUGGCAUCAAGUGUCCUGAUGUCUAUCGGUUGCUCAACCAUUGUCGGCGAUGCAGGCAUCAAAUUGAGUGGCGGCCAACGUCAACGAAUAGCAAUCGCUCGAAGCAUGGUAAAGCGCCCGAAAAUUCUCAUUCUGGACGAGGCGACUUCUUCUAUUGACGUUCGUGGGGAACAUGUGGUACAGGCAGCCUUGAAAAAGGUGUCGAAGGAUCGCACAACUAUAAUGAUUGCACACCGGCUCGGAACCGUUAAGAAGGCUGACAACAUCAUAAUUCUGCAGAAAGGUCAGGCUGUUCAGCAAGGCACGCACUCGGACCUCUUAGCCGAGGAGGGAGGAGCAUAUUGGGCACUUGCUACCUUGCAGAAGCUUGUGGUAGAUUCAACCCACCCCAAAGAGCUACCGAGCGGCCUUGGUGGUGAGGUGGAGGAUACGGAAGUUAACACACCAACAGUCAAUUCAGGGAGUCCGGUAAUAACAACAGACGCCAGUGUUGAUGAGGAACUCAUUACGACAAGCCGCCUGAGAAAAUACACGCUCCUCAUCUGCGAGCAGAAAGAUCACUGGAAGUGGUAUGCUGUCUUGUACUUCGACAACAUCAUAUCCCAGUCUAUUGGCUUCUUCGACACUGACGACCACUCGGUUGGUACACUUACAGCUCGUCUGGCGACUGAUCCAAGCCAACUUCAAGAAAUACUGGGCAUCAAUAUGGCUUUCGUGCUCAUUUCCAUUCUCAACGUCGCUGGCUGCUUGAUUAUAUCCUUCUACUAUGGAUGGAAACUGACCAUCGUCACGCUAUGCUCCUCGAUGCCACUCAUUAGUGCCAAGUUCGCAACUGAGUCCAAUAAUGCCUUGAGAACGGUUUCGGCUCUGACUCUAGAAGAUACCAUCAUAGAGCGAUAUGAAACACUGCUCCGAGAACAUGUCCAGCAUUCAUUUGGAAAGUCUAGUUGGUUUACCUUGGUAUUUGCCGUGGCCGACAGCAUCGCGCUUUUGUGCACGGCUUUUGUUCUGUGGUAUGGUGGAUCUCUGAUGCUCAAGGGCGAAUACUGGUCAUUUCAGUACAUGAUCGUUUACAUUGCUGUCCUCCAGGUAUGCUUACAUUGCGCUUACCCCGCGUCUCCAAUGAGGCCUUUCAUAUUCGGCCAAUCUUCUGAUGAUGACUCUGCGGGACAGGGUGGAUUGGGUGCAGGUCAAUGGCUGAGCUUUGGACCUAAUAUUGCAAAAGCGAAUGUUGCGGUAGAUAGGAUUCUCGAGAUGAGGGCCAAGGGCCAGGAAAACACAACGCGCACUCUACUUGACCGAGGCAGCGUGGGCGACAAAGACAGCGGUGUUAGAGUUGAGUUCCGCGAUGUACGGUUCAGAACGGGUUGCGGGAAAACAACAGUGGUCUCACUUCUUGAAAGGUUUUAUGCCGUAAAUUCAGGCCAGAUCCUGUACAACGGAACCGACAUCUCGACCGUCUCCCUCGAAGACUAUCGCAGGGAUAUAUCUCUUGUCUCGCAAGAACCGAAUCUUUUCAAUGGGAAAAUCAGAGAGAACAUACUACUGGGAGUAAACCCUGAUAGUACCACAGAGGAGCAGAUUCAACAGGCUUGUCGUGACGCCGAGAUCCACGAGUUUAUCUUGUCUCUCCCAGACGGAUACAAUACCGAGAUCGGAUCCAGGGGAGUGACACUGACCAGGAAGAACAGAACAAUGAUCAUGGUAGCUCACCGUCUUGCUACUAUCCAGAACGCUGAUAUCAUUUUUGUUCUUGGAGAUGGCCGCGUGUUGGAAAAAGGAAACCAUGCGGCACUGUUGAGGAUGCGGGGAAUCUAUUACCAGAUGUGUCAGGCUCAAGCGCUGGAUGGGUAG